CUGGCGAGAGCAGGCUGAUGGAACGGGAAAAUGUACAGAAGAGGACCUUUACCAGAUGGAUAAACCUGCAUUUGGGAAAGUGCAAGCCACCGCUGAAAGUGAAAGACUUGUUUAUUGAUAUACAAGAUGGCAAAAUCUUGAUGGCACUACUGGAAGUCCUGUCAGGACAAAAGCUGAUGCACGAGUACAAAUCUUCAACCCAUCGCAUUUUUCGUUUGAACAACAUAGCCAAAGCACUUAAGUUCUUGGAGGACAGUAAUGUAAAGCUUGUUAGCAUCGAUGCAGCAGAAAUAGCAGAUGGAAAUUCGUCUCUGGUACUUGGACUAAUAUGGAAUAUAAUCUUGUUUUUUCAGAUUAAGGAGCUGACGGGUAACCUCAACAGGAACUCCUCCUCCUCCAGCCUGUCCUCCGGGCCCAGCGGUCCCGAGUCGGACACGUCCCACCCCAGCACUCCCUGCGUGGAGAGAAGCAUGUCCAUCACAGUGAAGGACCAGCGGAAAGCCAUCAGAGCCCUUUUAAUCUGGGUUCAGAGGAAAACCAGAAAGUACGGUGUCGCAGUUCAGGACUUUGCCAGCAGUUGGAGGAGCGGCCUUGCUUUCUUAGCUGUCAUAAAAGCAAUAGACUCUACUUUGGUAGACAUGAAGCAAGCACUGGAGAAACCGGCUCGAGAAAACCUGGAGGAUGCUUUCAGCAUAGCACAAAACAAGCUGGGUGUUCCUCGGCUCCUAGAACCAGAAGAUAUCAUGGUGGAAUCACCCGAUGAACAGUCAAUUGUGACGUAUGUGGCGCAAUUUCUGGAACACUUCCCGGAGCUGGAAGGGGAAGACUUUACAGAUCCUGACAAGGAGCUUCCAAUUGAGUCCACUUAUGUCCACAUCAAAGAUACACCUUCAGAAGAAGAAAGCAAAAUCUUGAUUUUAAGUGAAAGUGAAGAAAACAUGUAUACUGUUAAUCACGAAAGGAGUCAUCCUGCUCCUCCAAAGGUUCAUAUUCAUGACACACUUGAGAGCGUCCCAUCAGAAACUGCUCCUGAAAAAUGUAAUGGGAAAUUGAGUCACGAGUUCGGUGAUGCACAGGAAAUGUCUGAAGAGGAGCCUCAGAGGCCUACCUCACUGAAAAUUAAAGGAUCUGUCAGUUUUGAAUCCAAUUCCUCUUGGGAGGUUCUAAAUGACAAAUUCAUGCCAGGUGAAGGGGGCAUACCUUAUGAUCCACUGAAACAGAAUGAUGAGCUUUCUCCAGCUGUUCUGACAGAUCAGAAAAAUUCUGUUGACUCUUUUGAAGACUACUCUGAAGAGUUAACUAAGGAAACCUCUACGGAAUAUGAUAACGAAACUAAGAGCCUUUCAGCCAAUACUUCUUCUUUGAGUCCACUAUCCUGGACUUCAGGUAUACUUACAGAUGAAUCUAUAAAUAAAGCAGAAGAGACAAAGCCCCAGACUUCAAUUCUUUUACCAGAAGAUACCUCAAAACAAGAAGAUACACAUAAGUAUGUUCUUCAUCUUCUAAAUGAGGAAAUACUGAAGCUUCCACAGAAUGAACAUACAAAGCAAUCACCUGACUUUGAGACAACAGAAACUAACCAUUGUUCACUGAAUGGUUCUAAUCUCAAAAGCCAAGAACAAUCUACACAGCAUGAAACAUCUGACGAUUCUCUCUCAGAUGUGCCUAAAACUCCAGAGGACCUGGACAGCUCUGAUGAAGCUGAGCCUUCAGAUGAAAUGCUACCCAGUUCGUCAAAAGUAUCUGUAAUACCCCAUGAUCUCUUUUAUUAUCCACAUUAUAAUGUUCCCAUAUCAGCAGUUUUGGAUGCUUACCUUGAGCCUUGUAUUAAAGGUUAUAAUACUGGAAAUGGCACAGCUUCUUCUGAAACAGUAACGGAUGUUUUACAUGAGAAGGGCAUACCAGAACAGAACUACAAGGAUGAUGCUCCAGAGCCAGACUUAGGGAAUAAUCUAGAUGGUAUCCCUCCAUCAGAAAUGGAUACUGAGAAUGUCAAGGAGGAAGCUACAGACAUUAACAGUCACAUGAAUUCUUCCAAUGAAAAUGAAGUGCCAUUAAUAGUAGUAGAAGAGUUAGAAAUUGAAAAUGAUGGCAAAAAGGCCACCAACCAUCAAGACUCCACUAUUCCAGAACAUCCUGAGGCCAUAGUAGAACAUCUAGAGGAUUUAUCAAUAGCCAUAGAGAGACCAGAAAAAAAUAGCACUAGGGAGGAAGAGGAGAAAAAUAUGGUCGAAGCAGAAGAUUUGCAGAUCUCAGAAGUUGCCACUACUGCUCUGUCGCAAGAUAAACUGGAAGAAAUUGCUGAUUGUCAGGAAUCAUCCAGAACCAGUGAUAUUGACUCCAACAUUCAUCUCCGGAGAAGAUUUCCUAAUACUUCUGAGGAGGAAACCUGUGGUGAAAACAAGAAGAUGACAGACGUGAAUGAAAGUCCAUUAAAUGUCAGUUAUGUCCACAUCAAAGAUACACCUUCAGAAGAAGAAAGCAAAAUCUUGAUUUUAAGUGAAAGUGAAGAAAACAUGUAUACUGUUAAUCACGAAAGGAGUCAUCCUGCUCCUCCAAAGGUUCAUAUUCAUGACACACUUGAGAGCGUCCCAUCAGAAACUGCUCCUGAAAAAUGUAAUGGGAAAUUGAGUCACGAGUUCGGUGAUGCACAGGAAAUGUCUGAAGAGGAGCCUCAGAGGCCUACCUCACUGAAAAUUAAAGGAUCUGUCAGUUUUGAAUCCAAUUCCUCUUGGGAGGUUCUAAAUGACAAAUUCAUGCCAGGUGAAGGGGGCAUACCUUAUGAUCCACUGAAACAGAAUGAUGAGCUUUCUCCAGCUGUUCUGACAGAUCAGAAAAAUUCUGUUGACUCUUUUGAAGACUACUCUGAAGAGUUAACUAAGGAAACCUCUACGGAAUAUGAUAACGAAACUAAGAGCCUUUCAGCCAAUACUUCUUCUUUGAGUCCACUAUCCUGGACUUCAGGUAUACUUACAGAUGAAUCUAUAAAUAAAGCAGAAGAGACAAAGCCCCAGACUUCAAUUCUUUUACCAGAAGAUACCUCAAAACAAGAAGAUACACAUAAGUAUGUUCUUCAUCUUCUAAAUGAGGAAAUACUGAAGCUUCCACAGAAUGAACAUACAAAGCAAUCACCUGACUUUGAGACAACAGAAACUAACCAUUGUUCACUGAAUGGUUCUAAUCUCAAAAGCCAAGAACAAUCUACACAGCAUGAAACAUCUGACGAUUCUCUCUCAGAUGUGCCUAAAACUCCAGAGGACCUGGACAGCUCUGAUGAAGCUGAGCCUUCAGAUGAAAUGCUACCCAGUUCGUCAAAAGUAUCUGUAAUACCCCAUGAUCUCUUUUAUUAUCCACAUUAUAAUGUUCCCAUAUCAGCAGUUUUGGAUGCUUACCUUGAGCCUUGUAUUAAAGGUUAUAAUACUGGAAAUGGCACAGCUUCUUCUGAAACAGUAACGGAUGUUUUACAUGAGAAGGGCAUACCAGAACAGAACUACAAGGAUGAUGCUCCAGAGCCAGACUUAGGGAAUAAUCUAGAUGGUAUCCCUCCAUCAGAAAUGGAUACUGAGAAUGUCAAGGAGGAAGCUACAGACAUUAACAGUCACAUGAAUUCUUCCAAUGAAAAUGAAGUGCCAUUAAUAGUAGUAGAAGAGUUAGAAAUUGAAAAUGAUGGCAAAAAGGCCACCAACCAUCAAGACUCCACUAUUCCAGAACAUCCUGAGGCCAUAGUAGAACAUCUAGAGGAUUUAUCAAUAGCCAUAGAGAGACCAGAAAAAAAUAGCACUAGGGAGGAAGAGGAGAAAAAUAUGGUCGAAGCAGAAGAUUUGCAGAUCUCAGAAGUUGCCACUACUGCUCUGUCGCAAGAUAAACUGGAAGAAAUUGCUGAUUGUCAGGAAUCAUCCAGAACCAGUGAUAUUGACUCCAACAUUCAUCUCCGGAGAAGAUUUCCUAAUACUUCUGAGGAGGAAACCUGUGGUGAAAACAAGAAGAUGACAGACGUGAAUGAAAGUCCAUUAAAUGUCAGGAAGCAAAAGGACUCAGAAGCAAGUGAGACUCCAACACCAACUCAUGAGAUUAGGAUUGCCGAGCAGCCAGAGCUACUCCACUUCAUCAUUUUCUUCUGGGUGCUGGUCUACUGCCUUUUACUCCUUCCACAGCUUCUUAGCAACAAAGUUUGAUCUCUGUGAGGGAUGGAAAAAUAAAGGACGGUGGCUGGAUUGCUUUGUGUAUCUGCAUAUGAAUAUGUUCCUUCAGGUGAAGCACAAACAGAAAUGUAGGACCUGGUAUUUGUGUUUAUUAUCAGGUUGUCCUCGAUUCCUCUGCUGUUGUGCUAUGACAGUGUCUAAGCACAUUUUAUAUUAUGAUAAUUGUGUAAAUAUAUAUAAAAAUAACCUGAUUUAGUAGACGCCAUUUUGUACAUUUGUGCCUUGCUUUAUAAGAUGCUAAAUAAAACCAGAUAAUUAUCAGUAGAAAUAUGAACAAUUCAGAGCUCUAGUCUUCAAAAAUUAUUCUUCUGGCUUCAUUUACUUAUGUAGGGCCUGACAGCUGUGGAAGGGGGGUGGUGUCUAGUUGCCCAUGAACCCAGCCCACCUGCAAGGGCAAGGCUAGAAAUGCUUUUUCUGGUUUCCCAUGGAAUUCUUAGAGAGAGCUGGAGGCGGAGCAGAGCUGCAGGUGGUGGAACAUGCUGACCCCAGGACCUGAUUACAAUUCUAAUGUCGAUCUGGUAGACCAACAAAAUCAGGCUGAGGGUUUAUUUAGGCAGGAGAGUUUAGGUUUUCUAGGAUUUAAAUUAUUUUUUAACCUGCACCUUUUGUUAUGUUUAAUUUGCAGGAAUAAUUUGGGUGUGGAGAAGUGUGAAGAACAUGUAGGCUAGUUGUUUUUUUGUUCAACACAUUGUGGUUUGGGUUUUUUUUAGUACCUCACUGCUUCUGAGGCUGCUCCCUUUUCUCUGCUGCUUCCAUUUACCAGAUCAUGUGAAGAUUUCUCUCUUUUUGAAGAUACAAAAAAACAAUAGAUAACCUAAUUUGCCGAAGCUACCAUUAGGGCACAAGUGUAUGGUAAAAGGAUUAGAAAUAUCCUUUAAGUGCCCAAAUCAAUAAAGAAAUGACAGAUGUAAAACUAAAUACAGAGAAAUGUUGACAGGUCGUGCAACUGAAGAGACUUCUGUGGCUUGUCCAUAGACACAGUUGAGCCACUUCUGCAUCUUGUAAUUUUUUUCCACAUCAGUAAACACAUCAGGAUAUUUGAUUUAGGAUUUUUGACAGAGGGGGUGUGCCUGUGCAUUACAGGACAAAAGAGAAGUCUUCAAAUUCAAUUUAAUAGCAGUAUCUUUACUCUGUGUGACUUUUAGUGAAGUCACUAUUUUUCAUCGGCAUAUUUUUAGUUUCAUAUUAUGCUUUAUGAGACUACAUUGUGCUGCUGCUUCCACUUGAAAAUUCUGAAGGUUGACUGCAUUGUGCUUCAUAAAAUGAGGGCUUUCAUGAUUUACACUGGGUGAAAGUUACAACACGUGACUACAAGUUUUACAUAUUUUGUUUUUCAUAAGGUGUAUCUCUAACCUGGCAUAGUUUUCAGCUGAACUAAUAGUACCUGGGGUCAGGACACUUCAGAAAAUAUAGCAAUUUAUUUGCAGGUAUUUAAAACCUGUUUGUAGUGAUGUCAUCUGCUGGGGUAAUCCUAACUGUCCAUCACACUUCAUUUUUCUUUAUAGGCUUCUUGUUUCCCUGAGAUUUUUCUUAGGAGCUGCAGUUAGAAUUCAAUAGCAGCAGUGCAUGGUAGGAGAUCUUAAACAUUGAAAGUAGAAUUCUGAACCUCUUUCAGCCAACAGAAUGCUGAAAUCUUUUCUAUUCUGUCCUGUCACCGUUGACUAGAGCUGGAUUCACACUAUGAACCAAAAAAUAAGAUCCUUUCUACUUGAUGAGGAACAGAUCAGAACUUCCCAACUUAAUUCAGUGUAAAUCAACAUAAGUAAACAAAACAGUCUUUCAACUUGCUAAUGAAAAUGUUCAGCAUUUUGAAUUGCCUGGUUUUGUGAUGCGUGAACCUGUUUGUGAUUGUUGAUGAAGACAGUGAUCCUUUCUUCUAAGAGAAAACCUAUGUUAGAAUUUUUGAAGAUGCUCUCUUGAAGUAGGCUAAAAUAUAACAUGGAAGGGCUUCAUUUUUUUUUUUUUUUCUGAAAGAAUGAAACUUAAUACAAGAAACUUUGUGUCUUCAUCCUGAAAACCAGUGAAUACCAGGCUGGGGCAUGUCAGCUACUAAAUGGCAGCAAGUAGCAAUGCACAUUAGUUUGGAGGAAAAGUGCGGACAGCUCUUCAUUACGUGCUACUCUUCAUAGGCUCCUUUGGCUUAUGACAACUUUUUUUUUGAGCCUUUGUACUUUAUUCUCUGGUUCUUCCAAAUUUUCUUAGUCUUCAGCAGAGACUAUCUGGAGUUGGAUUACAGUCCCUUGGUAGGACUUUACAGCUAUCAAAGUUCAGUCAAAUAAAAUAAGCUCCCUUUUUGUCUUCUCUCCUUCCUCACAAGAAAAUGAAUGAGGAGGCCUUUGGAUGUUUCAUCUCAACAACUGAUACCCAUAAAGAAUGGAAAAGUGAAUGGGAAUGCACUGAUGCUGGCAACUUCAUUAUACAGUAUUUUCUUCCAAGAGGGUUUUCCUUCUUGCCUCCCACUGAUGAACAGUGACUGAAACAGUGAAAUGAGUAGUUUAAAUGUCAAACAGCAUCCAGCAAUUGUCUUGAUCAUCUCACCCAGUGUUGAAACUGAUAUAUGCUUUUCAGCCUCUCCCAUUAAAAGAUGGAGAUUGUUUCUUCCAUGCAAAAUAGAUGAAAAAAAAAUUAUACUAAAUUGGUCCAGGAUACUUGGUAUUAAGUUGCCCUCCAUAUCUGGGUUGGUUUAGGUGUGGUUUUGCUGUAACAGAAAUAGCCUGGGUCUACCUUCAUCAGCCAUACCAUGGGUCAGAAGAUCCAGGGUUAAAAGUAAUUGUUCUGGUAUGUUCAACUGUGCCUGAAAAGAGCCUGAACUCUUCAGGAGUUUUGCCAUUACUUGGAACCACAAAAGGUGACACCUGCCUAAGCAGCAGCUCCCCCCCAUUUAAAUUGACUUGUAAGCCUGCAUCUCUUCUUCCACAGCACAAGAUCCAGUCCCUCAAUGCGAGUGCUGCAUUCUGAAAAAACUGCUUGUUGUUUGACUUCGUGUCCUAUUCUGAACUCACAGUAUGAAAUCCUGACUGUGAAGCAUUCACUAUGGCAAAGCCCCUUUUAACUUGCUGGGUAGAGGACUGGCUUGAGGUAGCAGAAGUUUUAAAGGCCGGUGGGCAAUCUAUCAUCUAUCCAUUUUCCAACAGAUACGUGCACUGUCUGAAGAAGGAAGUUUUUCCUGAAUUUUUGCUUGGGUUUGCGAAAAUGCUAAGCUUGAACUGACCGCAUUUGGUAUUUUGAUUUAGCAGCAGAAUUCAGAUACACCGAUCUAUUAAGACCGUUUCUAAACCCUGAUGUUCUUGAGCAAAUGUGUGGGUAGCAGCAUAUUGUGAAGUGUAAGUGUCAGGAGGUGCUUGAGGAUCAAUGGAGAAAGGGUGUUUGGUGUUCACAAAAGCACCAUUAAAGACCAAGAGACAACUUUAAUAGGAUGGUUCAAUGUUAUCGUAGUCACGUAACUGAACAGCAAAGUGUUUCGUUGUGAUUUUAUAGAAAGUGCAAGGAAAGAUAUGCUAUUAAAGACAGAACCCUGCUAAACAGUUAUGGGGCAGACGUCUUACAGCUGAAGAAAUGAGAUAAACAGUCGCAUAAUCUACAAACUGAAUUGAAUAUAGCCUUUGCCAAAGUGUAGGAAAUGAUCAGUGCAAAGAUAGGGCAAGCACAGAUUACAGUAAAAAAAUGACAAUCACUUUUCAAUGCCAUGAAUAUUUUUGAUGGAUUGAGCUCUAAAAUGUAUUUUUAUUGAGUUUCUAGAUUGUAAUGAAUGUGUCUACAGAAUUUUAUGCAAAGCUUGAGAGUUCAGCUGUUUUAAAAUGAUUUUUUUAUAUAGCAGUGAUUAUUUUAUCUAUAUAUUUAAUAGAACUGUAAAACCAUUUUAAGAGUACCUGUAAAAUUCUAUGUAUGUGAUAUGAUUAUUUAUUAAUUAUGACUCAUGAGAAUGAACAUUAAGCUAUGCAUCAGUUGUGUCAUCCAUUUGAAAACUGGAAACUGCAAACAGGAGGAGAGUUUUUAAUGAACAGUAGACUUGAAAAACAUGGAAAAAGAUUUAAUACAAUUGUGUGAUUCUUAAAGCUGCAUAGCGGUAUGUCAUUUUGUGAUGUUAAACCUUCAGCUAAAGCUGCAAAAUAUACAGAGUGAUUAAGCUACUUUCUUCCAUUAAAACUUCCUGAGGCUGAAAUUUCUACAUGUUGAUAUUUGGUAUCUAAACACACUUAAAUCCUCUACAUCUUCUGGAGACUCUCAGUUGACUCCAGCUCAGUUAAGACAGUAACUUCUUUAUCCAUGUAAUGCUCCACUGAGUUUAUGGGGGUACCAUGAUACCCAGGGGUUCUUUUUGUUUUUCUGCACCGAUCCCCAUAGAAUCAGAGCUUUACAAGAUUAAUUUGGCCAUCUAACAAGGUAAUAGUUCUAGUAGUGCAUUAUCACUUAUGCUAGCUUUAACUACUUGGGAGUCCCCUCUUGCCAAGCGCAAACUUGAAUGCAUCCAAGUGAUGUGUUCAGUUCCUUGACUUCUGUGGAAGUCAGUGCAACACACCUGUGUGCUAAGCACACACUGUGGGAUGUGCUCUGAGGGGACUCAAAUCAACAUUAAUCACAUAGGCCAGAAAGUAGCUGAAGCCCACACAUGGCCCUUAGGCUGGAUCCCCUCAAAUCCAACGUACACAAGCAAUCCCACUGACUUGGGUUAACCCCUCUGUACGUAUAGUAUUUGUUUGCCUAAAUUCUGCAGGAUCAAUCCCCUCUUCCUUCUGGGAAGUUAACAUGCACGUCCAUUUUUGAUUAAGAGAACAGCAGUGGGGGAAGGAAUGGCUGGAAGACAAGGGUGAGCUUGCAGGCUGGAAUGCAGCCAUGAAAGUUCUCAAACAGCUACAGGUUGCCUGCUGCUUUCCAUUGAGCUAAUAGGUACUGCAUCUGAAUGGAGUUAAAACACCCUUAAGUUUUUUUAUUUCCACAUUGUGCAGUGUUUUGUCAGGUAAAUGACAUCAAGUUCUUCCCCUCAACAUACCACUGAUAACACUAAUUUACAGCUGCCCAACUUAUGACUGUUCACAUUCCAGGUUUGUAUCUAAAGAGGACUUCCAGUAUGGCUUGUUCCCACCCAGACCACCCCAAGAUGGUGAAGCUAUUUGUGCAGGAGGUAUAUACACGUUAAAUGAUAUGGAAAAAGUAGUUUUCUGAACAGGGUGGCUUGCUUACUCUGUCCAUCGCUUGAUACAACUCUAGAGCUCACAAAGGGUGAAAAAUUAACAUUUUUAUUCUCAAGUCCAUUUCAAGGUUAUCUUAACUGAAAAUGUGGAACUUGGAAGUAUUUCUUUCCUCCUCUGAAUGUGAGACAUGGAAAGCCUCCUUCCACCACAGUGGCACUUUUGAUGACUCCCUUCCAGGCAGCUGCUACUGUUGGUAUUGGAAAACAAGGCCUGUGUUCUUUUCUUACCAUGAGGGGAAUGUCUAAGUUUACGUCUCUGGAACAUAAAAUUGGCCCCUGUGUGAUUAUUGUACUUCUUUCUUCAUGAAAAGGUUAGAAGGGGCAAUAAAAAUAAUUAAUUUACCUCGGUGAGAAAUACUAAAACCUACCAUUCCAAGAAAGGCUAGAUCAAGGCUUUCACGCUGUGUUCAUGUGUUCAGGUCAGGUAAUAUUUUAUUCCGAAAGUAGUUUCAUGACUUUCACUGGGCCUUCCUGAAAUCUCUUUGACUGACAGAAUAGAUUUGCUUCUGAACCACAGCCAUUAUUAGACUGUAACAGAAAAUCACCAAUGUCAAAUUAUAUGCUGCUAAUUUUUGGAGAGAAAUAAUGCAGUCAUUUUUUAAUGCCAAAUAACUUACACAAGUCAUAUACGUCUAUUUUUAUUGUAGUAAUAAAAACUGAACUUCUGCUUUUGUCUUGAACAAAACAACAUAUUUUAGAAGGCACCCACUUUGUGCUAUUGUAUUCUUCUGUGUAAAAAGCUGAAGAAACUGUUUUAGCCGCCUUAAAGUUCUCCAGUUUAAAAUGUAAUCUGUAAAGUGAUAAUUUGCAGAAGAGUUAAUGAGGGACUUUUAAGCUGAAGAAAUAAUUUGUAAGUAAGGAAUGUAAUAUUUAAAGUACAUGUUUCUCUUUGGCAAGUAAUGAGGAAUAUUGCUUAUUUAAAUGAGAACAAAUGCUGGGAGGAUUUGAGUGGAAUCAAAAGAUAUACUGAAGGAGAUGCAUUUUUGUGUACUUUCAAAUAAUUUCUUCUGAAUGCUUUCAAUCAGUGGUUUGUAUUGAAUGUUUGCACUUAUUCAAAGCUAAUUUUUGUGAGAAAGAAAUAUAUUCUUGUGUAUAGCUGGUACACUAGAAAAGAAAAUGUUUUUAGAAACUGUUAUGCUGUACCAAGAUAUUAGUAUUUACUAGCGAAUAGUUCCACUUUCUUUUAUAAAAUCUCCAAUUUUGAAAUAAAUGGACAGGCUUCCUGUAUAUAAUCUGUUAA